AAUUGGACUGCUAAGGGUAGUUUGAUGAAUACAGAAAUUUACAAUUAUGAAUUUGGUCUAGCAUCUGCAGAAAGUUCAGUUUCUGCCCCUGACAUUUUACCAUUUACAUCAACCCAUCACCAUUCUUGGUACCGUGGUUACCACCCACAACUUAGUGAUGGAACCGAAUUCUACAUCAGUAUUAAGGCAAUUAACAAAGCUGGAAAGGAAACUGUUCAGGGAUUAGGUCCGAUCUUAGUUCAUACUAUUCCCCCUACUCUUGGUGGUGAGGUAUUGGUUAAAUUUGAGGAUGAGAUAUUGGAAGCCGAUUGGUCAGCAGCAACUGUAUCUGAUCCGGAAUCGUCGCAACUUACCUUUACAGCGGCCGUAGGUAGUUCACCGGGAAGUGAAGACGUCUAUCCUUAUUCUUCCUUAUCGUCUGGUGGAAGUUGUAUGUUAGCUAACCCGCCAACCUGUACAGCUUUUUCCAUGGAGGAUCUUCAUUGGGAUUUACAUCACAACUUUACCUACUAUGUAUCUAUAAGAGUAGAGAACAUUGUUGGAUUACACAGUGUGUUCACAUCUAAUCCAUAUAUUCAUAAUACCAGAAAACCAGCAAAGGGAGUUGUAUUUGAAGUUGUUCUACCUGAUGAGGCAGCUGACUUUGGAGUUAAUGAGUUAGAAGACAGUAAUUUUCAACUGUCGACCACUAAAUUAAAAGCAAGAUGGUUUGGGUUUGAAUCUGAUGAUGUGGCCGAACACGUGACUUACAGUAUUGGUAUUGGUUCACAACCACUUGUUAGUGAUAUAAAAGAUGAAAACGUUGGCAGUAAGACCCAGCAUACGUUUCUCGGGCUUAAUUUACAGCUGCACAAGACAUACUUUGUAACAGUAACAGCUAGGAGUGACGCUGGAACAACAAAGGCAUCGUCUAAUGGUAUCACUAUAGUCCAGAAAAAUGUUAACCUGAAUAAUGAAGUUCGGAUAAAAGAUGGCUCUGAUUGUCAGCAAAAGGGUAAAUUAUUAAACAGCCUUAUUCAUAACUACAGUGCAUUUUACGAAUAA